GCCACAGAUGUUUUUUGACGUCAUCGCCUUGAAGCUGUUGGCGCCAUUUUCUGUCCAGACGGGUCCAGGCUUGUGCCAACUUUCCGUUUGUUUUGGAGGCUGUCACAGAAGACCAGGAUGGUGAAAAGGAAGGGCAGUAACACUGAAGUGGACCAGCCGUCCACCUCCAAACGUGCGCGUGCCCAGUCUGGCCACCAUGAGGAGGACCCUGAUGUAGAGGAGGAGGAGGAGGAGGGGGAUGGGGCUGGGGAGGAAGAUGUGAUGAACCUGACCCAGGGGGACCCUAACCUCAACCAUCCUAAUGAGGUGAAAGAAGCUGACACCGGCAUCAUCGAGGCCAUAUCUCUGAAAAACUUCAUGUGCCACAGCCGUCUGGAGUUCAAGUUCGGACCUAAUGUCAACUUUGUGGUGGGGAAGAACGGAAGUGGGAAGAGUGCAGUACUGACAGGGCUGGUAGUGGGACUGGGAGGGAAGGCCACCAUCACAGACCGCGGGAAGAGCAUCAAGAGCUUCAUCAAACACGGGCAGAAUGCUGCGGAGGUGGCCAUCAGGAUCAGGAACAGGGGCCUGGAGGCGUACAAACCCGACGAGUACGGGGAAGCCGUCAUCGUGGAGCGUAGGCUGGCGCAGGACGGCGCCACUUCAUACAGGCUGAAGAGUAUCAAAGGUAAAACUAUCUCCACCAAGCGUGAGGAGCUGAGCCAUGUGCUGGACCACUUCAACAUCCAGGUGGACAACCCUGUCUCCAUCCUGAACCAGGACACCAGCAGGAACUUCCUCCACUCCAGGAAUGCCUCCGACAAGUACAAGUUUUUCCUGAAGGCGACCCAGCUGGAACAGAUGAGCAGUGACUACAGCACCAUCCAGGAGCAGAGAGAGGAGAUCCAGGCCACACUCAGGACUAAGGAGGAGACUGUGCCCCAGCUGGAGAAGAUUGUGUCUGAGAAGGAGCAGAGGUUCAAGGACCUGGCCACUCUCCAGGAGCUGGAGAAGAAGGUGGAAGGGCUGAAGAACAUGUAUGCCUGGGCACAGGUCCAUGAGCUGGAGAAGCAACUGGAGCCCAUAGCCAAAGCUAUCAAACAAGAAGAGGCAAGGACCCCCAAGUAUGACCAGAAAGUGCAGGAGUCCAUGAAAAAAGUGGAAGCUGCAGAGGCCAAACACCAGGACAUCCAGCAGAAACUACAGGAGCUGGCAGACAAGGUCCAGGCACUCAACCCAAAGCACGAGGAGGCCAAGGCCAACCUCAAGCUGAAGAAAGACGCCUGCAAGAAAACCCAGGCGGAGCACAGGAAGGUCCUCAACCAGCUCAAGACUACCAAGAGGGACCGUGAGCAGGUCAUGGAGCGGAUUGAUGAAAUGAAAGACAGUGUUCAGCAGGACUAUGAGGCAGAGCGCAGGGCCAGGGAGGAACAGAUCCGGCUGUUACAGGAGCAGCUGCAGAAGCUCCAGGCACAGCAGACCACCACCGACCACCAGAUCGAUCAGUUCGCACAGGCUGUCACUCUCUACAAGGAACAGCUCUACAAUCUCAAACGUGACGAGCAGGAUAUCCAGAACACCACGCGCCAGCUGCAGCGCCGGCUACAGGACCUCCAGUCCAGCAGGAACAACAGCCUCAAGCGCUUCGGAAACUUCAUGCCGGACCUGGUGCGCCAGAUCAACCAGGCCUACCAGCAGGGCAGGUUCCACCAGAAACCUCGCGGGCCGCUCGGAAGCUGCAUCAGCCUGCGUGACCCAGAGCUGGCCCUGGCUGUGGAGAGCUGUCUGAAGAACCUGAUGUUUGCCUUCUGUGCCAACGAUCACCACGAUGAGAGGGUGCUGGAGGGCAUCAUGAAGCAGGUCUGCCCCCAGGGGAGGCGCCCCUCCAUCAUCAUCAGUCGCUUCCACGAGCGCCCUUACGAUGUGAGUACCAACCGAGUCCAGCACCCUGACUACCCUGCUGUGUUGGAUGUACUGGAUAUAGAGGACCCUGUCGUCUCCAACUUCCUCAUCGAUCAGCGGAAGAUCGAGUGUGUGCUGAUGAUUAAGGACAACAAGGAGGCUCGUCAGGUGAUGCAGCUGCAGCGCCCCCCCAGGAACUGUAACGAGGCCUUCACAGCCAUGGGGGACCAGGUGUACACCAACAGAUACUACUCCUCCAACACCGACAAGUCUUCUUACCUCCGUGUGAGCAUUGAGGAGGAAGUACAAGAGACUCAGGAGCGUCUGCAGCGUCUCCAGCAGGAUGGAAGCGCCACCCGGCAGCAGCUGGCGGAACUGGAGCAGGACAUCCGUAAGAACCAGCAGGAGCAGCGCCGCCACCAGACUCAGAAGAUGAAGACUCAAGAGAGCAUCAACAAAAUACAAUAUGAGAUCCGUGACUUGCAGUCUGUUGAGGAGCCUACACCAGUGGAUGUGUCAACCUUGGAAGAGGAAGUGAUGAUGUAUGAUGAGCAGAUCAAAAGCCUGGAGGAGAAGAUGGAAACCAUCGAGACUGACUUCAAUGCUCAGAAGGAAGACCUGGAGGAGGCAGAGUCAGCUUACCAACAGAUCGACCAGCAGAUCCGGGAGCUGGCAGAUAGUGCAGAUCCACUGAAGGAUGACCUUGGCCGUGCAGACAUUGAGAUUUCCCAAGCCAAGCAGCACAGGAAGCACUACGAGCAGAAACACAAGGAACACCUGAAGAAGAUUGCCGACAUGCAGAAGGAACAUGACAAACAUGCUAAGAAAGUGGAGGAAGAGACAGGUAAAGCUUUUCAGAUCUGUCCAGAGAGGCUGAAGGUGCGACGCACGGCCAAGAACAUCGAGAACGAGAUCGUUCAGAUCCAGAAGAGGAUAGCUCAGGAGGAAGUCAAGCGUGGCAAUAGAGAGGAGGUGACCAAAGACUACUACGAAUCCAGAGAACAGUUUGGGACCAUCAAGGAUCAGAUUAGGGAGCUCAAGAGGUUUAUCAAGAGUCUGGAUGAGAUCAUGUUCCAGCGCCAGCAGUUGUACAAGGAUUUCCGGCGCAUGCUGGCCCUGCGCUCCAACCAUUUCUUCAUCAACAUGCUGCACCAGAGGGGCUUCUCUGGCAAGAUGAAGUUUGACCACAGAGUCUGCACCCUCUCACUCGAGGUGCAGUCAAGUGAAAGUAACAAGCAGGUGACGAAGGACAUGCGUUCCCUGUCUGGCGGGGAGCGUUCCUUCUCCACCGUGUGUUUCAUCCUGGCCCUGUGGGACUCCAUGGAGUCUCCCUUCAGGUGUCUGGACGAGUUUGAUGUCUUCAUGGACAUGGUGAACCGGCGCAUCAGUAUGGAGAUGAUGAUGAAGGUGGCCCAAGAUCACCGCCACAAACAGUUCAUCUUCCUCACACCACAGGACAUGAGUUCCCACAGUUACCUGAGAGACCAGUCCAUCAUGCGGAUGUGGCGUAUGCCGGACCCAGACCGCGGAACGGGGGUCCUGCCGUUCGAGAGGAGAGUUGAGGAGGAGGAUGACGACCGCAGGAACUGAGUGUUGCAACGUGUUCUUUACAUGAUGAUCAACUUCUGGAGAGUAUGUUACAUAUAUACGUUAUGUAAGGUAUCUACGAGAACUUGGAUGACAUCUAGGGUUAACUAGAAGCUGUAUUGUAAUGUAUUUAUCUGAUACAUCAGAAAGGGCAACAUUUAUUGAUGACUGCACAUUCGUCAUAGGCUGUCUGCUACCAUCGUACUACAUUCAUGUGAACUGUAUGACAGAACUGUCGACCAACAAGAACCUAUGACAGCCCAUUUUCAUAAAAACACAGCUGAAUUUUGUACAACAUAU